CCGGGACUACUUACUGUAGACUUUUCUUGAAUAUCAUAUUAACUGUUCUUAGGUCGCAUUUGCCUUGAGCGGUUACCUGCACUGGCUACAACUUUGACACGCAGAAAUCCGCUCAGGAGUUCUCUCUAACGCCUUACGUAGUCCGUUAGAGUCCCUCAUCCCGAUCCGAGCUUCAACUCCCAUGAGUAUCAGACGGAAAAGCACUACUCAUGAUCUGGCAACUCUACGCCUCCACCCGGACGGAUCGCGCGUUCAACAAUCAUCUAUCAACAGAAGAACACGCACAGCUCCAUCAACAGUGCCGGAUACAAGAGGAAACUGGAUCGCUCGCGAUGCAGGGGGCAAAGCUGCCGUGAGGAAAACUAAAAACGCUAGGGCCAAGGUAGACGACGAGGAUGGAGAGUUAAUCGAUAUUCGUCUUUCUGAUGAGUUGGGUGAAGAGGAAUUCAUGGUAGGGACAAGUAAUAAAGGCAAAGAAAAGGCGAUUGAGAGCGAUGAGGAGGAUAGUACCAAGGACCGUACUGGCAGGAACUUCAGGGCGAGCAAACGACGCAGUUUCACCGAGGACUCGUCGUUCUUGGCACCCUCACCCCCACGUCGCGUCUUUCCGCGAACAGAAUCAACUUCCGAAGGCGACUCCUCAUCGUUUUCGUCCUCGUCUGAUUCUGAUUCUGAAUCGGAAGAGAUCAAAAUCAAGCUUCCGGACCCAUCACCCGAGCUGCUAAAAUGUAUUCACUACUUCGCCAGCCGAUACUAUCAGGAGAAAGGUGUUUUAUCCAAUAGAAGCAGGGGUCACCGAGACGAGAGGAAAACCCGGCGCUCGAAAAUUAGUGUGUCCAACAUUCACGAUCAGACAACAAACAAACCGGCACCAUGGACGAGGGGUUCUUCCCUCGAUGCUGACGAUGACGAUCAAUGGGAAGAUGAGAAAGAUGAGCCGGGAGAUGAGGAAGAUGAAUGGGAAGAUGAAGAAGAUGACGGCGAAAACGUUUCCCGCAGUGAAGAACAUAAAGACAUGUACAAGGCUCUUGACGGCUCAGCUUUGGUCGCAAUAGGGAUAAUUCUCCAAGAGCAAAUUGCGCAUGCGAUGAUUACCGGCUUUUCUGGUACUCAUGCACAACGAGUGCGACGACGGGCCUACUCCAUCAAACGAGGCCCUUCCUCGCCUUCACUCGAUUCCGACUGA